AUGGAUGUGAAUUUAAUACUAUGUGUCGGACGAGAAGACAUCUCGUCAGUGAAACCAAGCACGAAUAUACAGAGGCAAGGAUAUGUUAGACCUUCCUGCGAUGAUGAUCUAAGACUUCAUCUGAAUGAGCCACGGAUUUUACCGAUUCCACCUUCUUCUUGUCGAGACUCUUCGCCGCAGACGAAAUCCAUUUUACGCAGCAAAUCGCCGAGCCCCAAGCAAGGCUCACCCUCAAGCUUGCGGAAUGUGCGCUUUUCGGACAAGGAUGCCGAUAACGACAUAUCCCCGAUGUUUACAAAACUACACGUGAAUGACGCCUGCCAAACUGAUGAUCCGACCCCCUGCGUUGGAACACAGACCAAUGUUGCAACGCCGCAUAAACCCGUGUUCGAACGGACGAAACCACUUCCCUACCAGUCAAGAACAUCGACUCCUAGAAAUGGGUCCCUUAACGGCGCUCCAACGUUAGAAUUUAACACUCCUCGGGAGGAAGUCAUCGCAUACAGAGCGCCGUCUCCGAUUCGAACUAAGGUACAUUCAGAAGGCACAAAUAACUCGAGCACGACAAGGCAGUCUCGCAAAGAUAUGUUCUUUUCCAAAAAGGUUACCACAUCAACGCAGUUUCCUGCAGAUAUGGUCAGUUCUGUAAAAUCAGCUUGCACACAAACAGGCAUGAUGCCAGAAAAUGUCCCAGAUGGAAGCAGAAUUAUACGAAAUUUGGACUUAAGUGCUAGCCCUCGAUCACUUUCGCCAAUGAUUCUUCCCGUUGUUGUUUUAGAUUCUACUGUCGAAUCGUCAACCCAAACAGGAGAAGAAAACAAGAAAUAUAAUAGUAAGGGGACAAUGACGGCAUUUACACCUGUAGUUCCAAACGGCGAAAAGAUAUUGCAAAAUUGGGCGAGAACACCGCAAGAAAAGUUUCAACAUGAAACUACGCAGACAAAUGACUCCGACAAUGAAAGCAUUAGAUCCCAGUCACCAGAUUAUCCAACCCGCGAGAUAAACACAAUGGAAGACACUCUCUCGCGGUUAAAACAUAAAACUUCACAAACCAGAGAGGUUGAAGCUGAGAAUCGACCUCCGUUCAAGCAUAAUACUUCACAAACCGGAGAAGUUGACGCUGAAAAACAACCUCCAUCCAAACAUAUUUCUUCCCAAACAGGCGAAGAGGAAAAGUUUGUGUCAGCGUCUACCCAAACAGCGGUUGAAGAAGACGAAGAUUAUGAUGGGAACGAAAAUACUAAAGAAAAUUCGAGGUCCGUGUGUGUGCAGACAAUGGAACCGGAUGCUUUCAACGACACUUCUAAUACACAACGUUCGCGUUCCAUUGGUAUCCAAGCGCCUUCGAAGCAGGAGGUCAUUCCAGACGGGAGGCGAAUAAUUCAAAACAUGGUUAUUACACCGACUCAUGAUGACAUUCCUCAAUCAAAUAGUGAAAGGAAUGCCAAGAUGGUAACUGACCCCAAAUGGAAGGAGUUUGUACGGAGUUUAGAUAUAUCUGACAUGAGUUCUCAAAUAGAUUCAGAAGUUCCCGAGACGCCGGACACAAUUCUGGUAAAUAAUGCAGAAGAGGCAACCCAUCACCAGCGGGCUAGGACAGACGACGCUUCUCCUGAAAACUAUGAACUAAUUCCUUGUCAAAAACUAAGUGAACACAGCGCAAGAUCAAAAUUGCAAGGACAAUCUUACAUUAGAAGAGAAGUUGACAAAAUUAAAACUGAAGUAGGUAUGAAGCCUAAAUCAGCGACAUGCCCACCGCCCGUUUCCAACCCAUCGGCGUUUUCGCGUAAAAGCGUAUCAAAGCCAUGUCAGGCAUGGUCUGAACCUAAACAAGAUAUUGUUCCACGGGACGUGGAUAGUAGACUUUGGCUUACCGAUACACUUAAAACGAGUCAUAAUGCAUUUGUGAGUGGUUCAGUUUCACCGCAGCCCGUACUACAGCGUUCACCGGACCGAACUGGAUCUGAAAUCCUCACCAACAGACAUAAGGGUAGAUCAAAUUCUCUAGCAUUCACUCCCAUAGAAACACACAGUUUCAAACCUGAAACUGUUUCUGCACUUCGAUCGUCAAUGACACCACAGGUUAAAAAGCCAGAGCCAGUAAUGGCAGAGAAGUUGUCAAAGAACACCUUCAUCCAAGGGCUGGAUCUGGGGCCUAUUCCACCGGUUCCGAAAACUACAAAACAACUAAACAAGAGUGUAUCUUAUUUCACAAGCCAGCCCAGUGGAUACAAGGCGCCCUCAGAUGCAAUGACAACCAGCUCUCAAAGAUAUAGAAACGCUGGGCAAGACAUGGGGAGGACAUCGUCAUCGAAGGAUCGCUCAUGUUCUGCACCAAAAUCAAGCUCACCCAGUUCACUGUUAACUCCUACUUUAAAUAAAUUGCGAUCCUCCGUAUUGCGAAAAUACGGAAAAUCACACGACCAUCAAACUAGCUUGCCUAAUUAUCGUUCAAUUAAGUCGCAAAGUGCUUAUGAUUCGUCCACGAUGCGUCAAAGCCGCUACGACAGCUACAUACAGGGUAAACUUUCAAACGAGGAAAGGUUACUGCGUAAAUGGGCGACAUCACCUCCAUCGAGAUAUAUAUCGCCCUCAAGCGUUAACCGUCAUAUGCUUUCUUCAAUAUCAAAAGCAUCUACACAUUCUCCAAGACGACGUUCUCCCCAACGUCAAAUAGCAUCAACUGUGCCAGUAUAUUCUCCAGUGCAUAGUUCACCCCAACGAUAUGUUUCUCCAACUGCUCAACAACUGUUGUCACCGCAACGGAAAGUUUCGUCAAAGAACAAAUCUGAUCUUCAAUACUUAUAUUUGGAUGCCCGAGAAAACAACGCAAACAAACGACCAACGUCACAAGAAGGAUCACCAAUACGCGGGUCCAUGAAUGACACACAACUAUCAAGAUCGAGGUCGCACAGUCCAGUUAUGAACCGUCAAUCAACGCCAACGGGAAACGGCAUCAUACACGACAAAACUAGCGAAAAUAACUACGUAUCUAUAGAAACAAGCCGCAGUAUUCGUAUGCCCGCAAGAGCAUCAUCCCCAAAGCAGGUUUCUUCGAAGCCUCCUAUACCAAAGGUGAACAAACAAAGGAGAAGUUCGAGUGCAGAACGAUCUCUUCCUGGUUCCUUUCGUGUCAUCGGCCGUGAACCAAGACAAGAAAGGCGAGAAGAUGUGAAUACAUCCUCUCGAGGUACAGCAAACGGUACAUCUGAAGUUUCAAACCAUAGGUCCUCACGAAAUACAGCAAACGGUAGCCCCGCAAUUUCCAACAAUGGCACCUCUCGAAAUAUAGCAAACGGUAGCCCUGCACUUUCAACCCAUGGUUCCGACUUGCGGGCUGAUGAUAUUUAUCCUCAAGGUGGCACAUUGACCGUUGGAAGAGCCCCAAAAGGUCUGGUAAACAAGCACAGCGUGUUUCUUGGACAUGACACCAUACAGAAAAUAAUAGAAGAGGCAAACUUAUGA